AUUCAGCCAUCUACAAGGCAACAUCGCAAGAGAAAACGAGAACCACUUCGUUUACUACACGACACUACAAACACUCGUAAAAAUGGAAUACACCACCAAGACACAGAUCUACCAGAAGGUGAAGAAGCCACUGCUGGAACGCCAGCGUCGGGCCCGCAUCAACAAGUGCCUGGACACCCUGAAAACACUUGUCGCCGAGCUGCGCGGCGAUGACGGCAUCCUGCGCAUGGACAAGGCGGAAAUGCUCGAAUCAGCUGUGAUCUUCAUGCGCCAGCAGAAGUCAAACAAAACAUCCGCCUCUACAGCAACGCCCGCCCAGUCCGCCCUGCCUCUGGAUAGCUUCCGUAAUGGCUACAUGAAUGCCGUCAAUGAGGUGUCACGUGUCAUGGCCUCCACACCUGGCAUGAGCGUUGAUCUCGGCAAAUCGGUGAUGACGCAUCUGGGACGCAUCUACAAGAACCUGCAGCAGUUCCACGAGGCCCAGACAACAAUGGUGGUCGAGAGUGAGAACGAAAUGGACUGCUCCUCAUCAUCCAGUGCAGCACCCCUCAGCCCCGCCUCAUCUGGUUAUCACAGCGAUUGCGAGAGUCCAGCCCCGUCGCCCAUGCCAGAGGAGUCCGAGAAAUUGUGGCGCCCCUGGUAAAGUGGCAGGCGAGCCGGAUGGAAGGAA